AACAAUGAAGACCAUCGUUUGUGUUGUUCUCUUGGCAGCUGCAGUUAUGGCUGAACCGCCUCAGUAUAGGCAGGCAAGAUUCAGGUCACAAAAACAAGAAGCAGAAGCUCAAGGAUUUGGAACAGGAGCAGCACCUUACCCAGUAGCGGGCUACAGACCAACAAAGGAAUUUAACCUGCCAUCUCGCCAGGAAUUUUCCCCACCAGCAACUACUUACGGAAUUCCUGCUGACAGUUACGGUGCUCCAUUCAACACAUAUCUGACCCCACAAACUGAGUAUGGAGUACCGCAAGAGGAAAGCGAGAAGGACCCAAAAGACGAUGAAAUAGAAAAUGUUGAGGACACAAAAAAUGAAGAACAAAAAGAGAAUCUUGAAGAGGAGCCUAAGAAAGAUGCUGAGGUAGUAAGUGCUCAAGGAGCUUACUAUGUCCUCCUGCCCGGAUCGCAGCUCCAAAGAGUACAAUUCCAAACUGAAAAUGAUGUUCGUAAUAUGGCGUACACUGCUCGACUACAGUACAGAAAUGAAGAUCGCGCUCCAAUUUUCGUUUAUACUGCAGUACCCCAAUAUCAAUCAGCGGCCUACGUUCAACUGUUUAAAUAAGAGUGUAGUUAAAAUUUUACAAAUGAAUGCUAUUCAAUUAAAAAUAUUUAACAUUUUUUUUAAAAUUAAAUCACUACGUUGUAUAAAAUAUGUAUGAUGAAACAGUUAUAAGUUGUUUUAAAGGUUAUCAUUUAUUUAAAUUGUAAAGUAUCUUAAGAUAUUUUUUGAAUAGCAUUGAUUUUUUUAUUUAUUUUAUGAAAAUUCGAACUCGAAAUG